AUGAAAAAGAUUAUGCAGGAAGUCCAGCUAAGCAAAGAGACAACACUGGUAAACAACAGAACCCUGGCAGAGGAAAACCUUGCCCUCCAGCCUGGACUGGAGCUCAAGAAAGAGAAACUCACUAAGACAUAUGGCUGUCUUCAAGAAAGCUUUGACGCCUAUCAGCUGCGCAAGACCACUCUAGACCACAAGUCAGGAAACACAUCACUGGACAUUCUGUUGGCUCUACUGCAGGCAGAGGGAGCCAAAAUAGAGGAGGAAACAGAGAAUAUGGCUGAUUCUUUCCUGGAUGGUGACAUGACCCUGGAAGCCUUCAUUGAUUCCUACCAGAACCAGAGGAAGUUGGCGCACUUGAGAAGGGUGAAGAUCGAGAAGCUGCAGGAGAUGGUGCUGAAGGGUCAGCAGCUUCCACAGGCAUCCGUAUCGACCUCCCGAUCUCAGGAUAUGUCAGCUGGAGCCAGGCCCUCCUCCUCCCUCCUCACUGAGGCAGGCAGUGACUCAUCCCCUCUACUUCAACCCAGGAGGAAGCCUCCGCCUCCCCCAUCCCAGACAGCCCCACUACUAAAUCCAGCUCCAACUGUUCCCCCCCAGCCUUCGACCUACUAUGCUGUAUCACCAUAUCCGCCAAUUCCUCCCAGAACGGGCCAACCCUAUCCGAAUGUUUCAUCAGGCUAUCCUUUCUUAGCGCAGUACCCACCUGCUUUGCCACAGAGAACCCCCUCUCGUGUGGCCCCGCAGCCUGGCUUCAUCAUUCAGUGA